GUCUGCACGUGAAAACGUACAACUAUCGAGCGGUGAUUGGUUCACCACGACGCGACAUUUCAUCUCCGGCCUGGCCCUGAACCAGAACUUGAACUUGAAGCGACCUGCAAUUUGAAGUUCAGGUGAUUGCUUGCUUUGCUCACUCACCACUAUAGACUCAGCUGCUUUGAUUUCGAGCCCGGAUUCUUUGGAAGACGUGGUUGAGGCGCGCAGUCUUGAACCCUACACUCCCCACAAAGGCUGCGUCGAACCCUCGCUGUCACUUCCGUUGCCGCAUGGACGAAUUGUAGAUCUGCGAUCACCCGACAGCCUCGUGUCCACUUCGCCCACUCCGAACUACAACUGUUUGCUACAGCAAACUUGAACGCGGAAAUGGCCUCGGACGCGCCUCUAUCUGCCAGAUCGUCUCUCGGAACGUCGAGCGUACAAGCCCAGAGCACCGUUUCUAGCACUCUUCCCACCUCCCUCCCGUCGGCCUCGAGAAGAACGUCGACCCAAAUGCUGCCUCCGCCUCUUCCGCAUAACAACAGUCUACCAAGCUCGCCGCGACCGACGCAGGCUACCAUGACAGACAACGCGGGCGUAGGCCUUGGGCCAGGCCCAAUUAGGCAUCCGCGACCUCUGACUGCGGCGGAACUACACCUCGAGUUGGAAAAGGAGCAAGAGAGCAUUGUCAAUCGCCUCACUCGCGAACUGUCGGCUUUGCGAGCCCAGACGGCGUCUGUGGCAUCCACCACCUCUUCCACCUCUGAGAGCCACUUCUUCUCCGGCAACGACCCGUACUUGUCGACCACGGGCACAUCCACGACAAUCAUCCCGACGGCAGCCCGGCGGCAUCGAUCGUCCUCGAACCUGUCGACUCGCUCCACCCGGUCCAUCAGAGACACGUUGGCUAAUGCCUCCAGCACCAGUGUGUCGGGAGUUGCUGCACCCCGCGACCAAAGCGUGCAGGCCAGCGCUCGUCCCAGUAUCGAGCUCAGUCGCCCGGACGUCAGUCGGCAGAACUCGACAUCGGCCUCGGGCUUCCGUGCUACUAGUGGCUCAAUGACCUCGUCGCCGCACAUGAGCCAGAGUGGUGGUGGUGGUUACGGCGGCUACUCGUACUCGCACCGUGGUUCGGUGUCGUCCAAUGCCAAUGCCCCUAACCUCUCCAAUUCGGGUGGUGCUGGUGGUGCAGAACAACCACCAUUGUCCUAUUACUCGGUCCCUCGCAGCCCCAGUGUCGUUUCGAGUGCCAGGUUGGAAGAGGCCGCUCUUCAGCGUGCAGAGCUCGAGGCCGUCAAGCGAGAGAACGAGUUGCUGAAGGCCCGGGUCAAGGAGCUGGAGAAGAGCCUUCAGAAGGCGAACGCGAACGACACCACAACUGCUGGCUCUGUUCUGUCGCCGCCCACAGGCUCGUGACGUAUUUGGGCUUGAACCUAGCGCGCUGUCUAUUGCAUGCGGGGGCCUAGUGUUCUACCGCUACCCGCAAGAAGCGCAACAGCAGCGGACGAACUACGAUUAAUGAUGAACUAAGGAAUGAAUACAAAGAUUGACGAGCGAAGUGAUGACUACGUAUGCAGGCCUCCGAGUUUGCCUGGGAGACAAAGGAAUUGGAACGGAGAGACGCGCGCAUGGUGUUGUAUGGAGUCUGCUUUUCAUAGAAUUUCCUUUUUUCAGCCAUGAUUUUGCUCAAGAAAAGCCGGGGAGGAUAUGAAACACAAUGAUAUGAACUUGGGUUGGGCUGUACCCUUUCAAAUUUCUGUCUCUUCUUAAAAGGCGAGAGACCAGCACUCGGUCAAGCCGGCCUUACUCUAGUAUCAUCACGACGUGGCAGACGCUCUGGAGGCGGAUAUAGAAACCAUCCAAGAACCCCUUUAGGACCCUGCAAACUAUGAC